GUCGCCAGUCGCGGGGCCGUUCGCUCUGGGGUUGGCGGGGGUGGGUGCGCCGUGCCCGCGACUGCUCCAAGGCGUCCUAACGAGGUGGAAAUCCUUGCUCGACACCGCGAGACAUUCCCGCGGACUGACCAGCUUCUUGCCAGCGUCGGGACGGUGCACGCUGGCACGUGACGUUCCCACCCGGCCCCGGCGAUGAAACGGACGCCGGGCAGGGCGGCCGGGGCAGGGCCCGAGCAGACGCCCAUCCAGGGCACGGUCUGCUUCGACCAGGCUACGCUGAAGAAGAGGCUGACGCCCCUGCAGCACCAGAUCACGCAGGAUAAGGGGACCGAACGGGCGUUCUCGGGUCGGUUCAACAAGCACCGCGAGCCGGGCGUGUACCGCUGCAUAGUCUGCAGGCAGGACCUCUUCUCCUCCACCACCAAGUACGACUCUGGCUCCGGCUGGCCCAGCUUUUAUGACGUGCUGGACCGGCGCCGGAUCACCCUGAAGGCCGACUUGUCUCAUGUCGGCGGCAAUCUCCUGCUGCUGGUGGCCAACCCGGACAUGGAGCGGAUGGAGGUGGGCUGCGCCCGCUGCGGCGCCCACCUGGGCCAUCUCUUCAAGGACGGCCCCAAGCCCACCGGCAAGCGCUUCUGCGUCAACUCAGAGUCGCUCGACUUCCGACGCGACGACUCGAUUGAUGUCGUCGACGGCAAGGUGGAGUUCGCGCGGGGCGUGUGCGAACUGAGCGGGUCGUGCGGGGCAGCGCCACGGCCGGCCGGGGCGAGUGCUGCCAUCUCGCGGGUAGUUGAGAAGUAUAAUUCGAUGGACCGUGGCGCUAGUGUAUCGGGGGAUCCUCGGACCUCACAAGCUGAGAAUGGUCACGUUGCUAGUGGAGAUGAACCGUGCCGAGACGCAUCGGGCUCAGUUGUCAAUGGACGGUCAUGAGAAGACCGUCAGUCAUAAGUGUCACGCUAUGCAGAUGCAGCUGUAAUUGAAUCGAUAAGCGAUCCACUGGCGCUCCCUGUAAGGCGCAGCGGGAUCCAGCUAUGUUGUUAUGCUCUUGUCCUCCGCGCUAGUUAGCUGUUGUGGAAAUGUGUUGACAGUGGUCGAAUCAUUUCCGUGAAUGAUAUGUCGAAAAUAUAUGCUUGUGGGAUA